AUGGCGAACGCCUCGGAAGCGAAGUCGAUACCGCCACCUGAGUACAGCCCCAUCGUGGGUCCAAAGUCCGAGUCUGCGCCGUCGGAGGACAAGUGCAGCCAGGGUCAUGCUCUGGUCGAGCCUAAAGAGCCACCGGCCACGACGGCAAAGGCUGUGAGAGUCAUGCGCAUCAGGAAGGCACCACCAGCUGCUCUGACGCAAGUGGACGACACUUCUGUCGAGGCCCAUUCCACCAGAGAUGCCCAGGUGAAGCAAGAUGGCGACUGCAGCGGUACGGACAGGCCUUACGCUUGUCCCGUUUGCCACGAGCGCUACUACUCCUUGGCGUGGCUGCGUCGCCACAUCGUCUGCCACGAGCGCGAGAAGACGCUUAGAUGCGAUCAGUGUGGCCGCUCGUACAAGGCGCGAUCAGC